GACGUCGUUACCCUGUUGACAUUUACUACACAAAGGCCCCAGAAGCAGAUUAUAUUGAUGCUUGUGUGGUAUCAGUACUUCAGAUUCAUGCAACUCAACCACUGGGAGAUAUCUUAGUUUUCCUUACUGGUCAGGAAGAGAUUGAGACUUGUCAAGAGUUGUUGCAGGAACGGUCACGCCGUCUUGGCUCUAAGAUAAGGGAGCUGAUAAUUCUGCCUGUUUAUUCCAAUUUGCCGAGUGACAUGCAGGCGCGUAUCUUUCAGCCGACUCCACCCAAUGCAAGAAAAGUGGUGCUGGCAACUAAUAUUGCAGAGACAUCCUUAACCAUAGAUAACAUCAUUUAUGUGAUAGAUCCAGGAUUUUGCAAACAGAAUAAUUUCAACUCACGUACGGGCAUGGAGUCCCUUAUAGUUGUGCCAAUCUCAAAGGCCUCCGCGAACCAACGAGCAGGGCGAGCAGGUCGUGUUGCUGCAGGCAAGUGCUUCCGUCUCUACACAGCCUGGGCAUACAAACAUGAAUUAGAAGAUAACACGGUUCCAGAGAUUCAGCGCAUUAAUUUGGGCAAUGCUGUGCUGACGUUAAAGGCUCUAGGAAUUGAUGAUCUGGUUCAUUUUGAUUUUUUAGACCCUCCACCUCAUGAGACACUGGUGUUGGCGUUAGAGCAGUUAUAUGCUCUUGGGGCACUGAACCAUCACGGAGAACUUACAAAAUUGGGCCGUAGAAUGGCUGAAUUUCCUGUUGAUCCUAUGAUGGCAAAAAUGAUACUUGCUUCAGAAAAGUACAAGUGCUCUGAAGAUAUUCUAACUAUUGCUGCAAUGCUGUCUGUCAAUGGUGCAAUUUUCUACAGACCCAAGGACAAAAUUAUCCAUGCUGACGCUGCAAGACGUGGCUUUUUUACCUCGGGUGGCGAUCACCUCAUGCUGCUUAAUGUUUACACACGCUGGGCUGACUCUGAAUUCUCCACACAGUGGUGCUACGAAAAUUUCUUGCAGCAUCGCUCUCUCAAACGUGCACGUGAUGUACGCGACCAGUUGGCGGGGCUCAUGGCGCGUGUCGAGAUAGAUCUGGUUUCAGGAGCAGGUGACACUGUCGGUAUCAGAAAGGCCAUCACAGCUGGAUACUUCUAUCAUGUGGCUAGACUGUCUAAAGGUGGUCAGUACAAAACAGCCAAACAUCAACAAACAGUGAUGAUACAUCCGAACAGCAGUAUGUUUGAAGAUCUGCCUCGCUGGGUGAUAUAUCAUGAACUUGUGUUCACCACCAAGGAGUUCAUGCGACAGGUGACAGAGAUUGAAAGUAAAUGGCUACUUGAAGUGGCGCCGCAUUACUACAAACCUCGUGAGCUAGAGGAUUCGACAAAUAAAAAGAUGCCCAAGAUGACAGGAAAGUCUAAAGCAGAACUAGGAAUUCACUGACUGUCAUUAAACAAAGUUCACAGGUGAAACACCAAGUGUCUUUAUGGUGCAUCACAAAUAAAAACAUUAUUGUAUUUUCA